AUGGCUUCUCCGACAACCGAGACAAAUGGGAAGAUCAAGGAGAUCUUCUACGGCUACAUGUAUGAUGACCCGAAACCAGACGAAAUCCCGAUACCAAAACCAAAGCCGUUGCUUGACGCCCUUCUGAGAGCUCUUGCUUUGCACAUUAUCAAUGACAUUGGAGAUAAAGAUGAGAAGCAUUUAGCUCCUGCCAAGAUGGCAGCUUUUUACAAGCUUGCAGGCCAUGACUAUGAUAGGCUGUUUGUGAACAUGCCGCCUCAGUCCAUCUCCUUCAUCUACCAAGUUCAAGGAUGUCAACAUAUGCUUUUGCCCACCGAGGACGACUUUGCGGCCCCUUCGAUUCCGGCACUUACGGUCAAAGGCUUUGCGAGGUGGCAGGCAAUUCAGAUCCUGCUAGAGCCACAAGUUCACGUCCCGAUCGUUCAGUUUGCGGUCAAGAAUUGGUCCCUGAAGCAUCCUGAAUUUGGGGCUGUGUUUCCGGAUGACUUGCCGGCCACAGUUUUCCCCGUUGAUACCGAUCAAGAUACCGACCGGUGGCACCAAAGUUGUGCGACCAAACUUCGCGUUGAGGCGACAACCAAGGAGGAACCGAAGGAGGAAAGAGAUGCGCCCAGCGCAGACCCCAAAGCGGAUGAUUUCUCCGAUGCAAAGGUUCCAUUCUCACACGUCCGCCCCAAACCGUCCGUACCGCAGGAUUAUGAUUACUUCAACACACGCUCUGGUCCUGUCCCUGUCUCUUACGUUCGUCCUCCGGAACGGACAGACCGGUAUGAUCCUCGGAGAUCCCCCGAGCGGCCUAGGGAACCGGAGCGUGAGAGGGCCAGUGAUCUCGAUCCAGACCCUCUCGACCAUAUUGGCCGAAGCCGCUAUGCUCCGCCACGGGAGGUCUUCCCGCCAGAGGAAGAGCGUACGAGCCGACGCCCCAGCUUUACUGACUACCCGCAUAUAAUUCCUCAGGAGACUCAGUCAAUGCAGAUCCCACUUCGCACUGACCGAAUUUCCGUUCCUCGCCGUCACAGCCAACCCCGCCACUACACCAGCCCAUCCUCAUCCGAUGCAGAAGUCGAACCAGCAACCUCGAGAUCAGGAAGGCGCCACCACAGCCGGAGCAGCCGAGACUCCCGGGAGCCACCCCCGGUAACAACCCACCGCGUCUUCAACUCCGACGGUGUCCCCUCCUCUCGGGCGGCCGCCAUGGGCGGGCGCAGCAUCUCACCACGAUCCCACGGUUACUCGCGCAGGGAGCCUCCGAUAACGGUUGUCCCGGCAACGGCCUCAUCACUGAGGGCCGACGACUCCAAGAGGAAGAGCAUAGGCUCCGGCAUCAAGGACAAGAUCUCCAAUCUUUUCCCGGGCGUCUCCAUCGUCGGCGACGACAGACGAAGCCGGUCCAGGAGUCAGAAAGACGACCGGGCAACUGGACCCGACAGAGCCGCAAGGGAGCUAUACCGUGACUCCAGACGCAAGUCGUAUUCCGAUGAUGAAUCGGAUCUCUCCGAGUCGGAGGACGACGUCGAGCGGCGGCGACGGGCAAAGAGAUUGAGCAAGGAGAGCAGGGUACUAGACCAACGGGACAUCGACAGAGAGAGGGAGAGGGAUAUCCGGAUGAAGUCUCGCGACCGCGACAGAGACAGAGAUCGGGUUCGAGACCGAAGCACCAGAGACAGAGACAGAGACAGAGACCGUUACCGCGACCUAGACAGCGACGAGCUUGAACCUACUUCACGAAGGGACCGAGACCGAGAAAGAAGCCGUGGCAUCUCCACGGGCACCCUCCGCCGAGACCGUGAGCAUCGCGAGCGGCACACGGACCGCGACGAUGACGACGACGGUCUCGACCUGUCACACUCACCGCACAGCAGCCGCAGCGGCCGGGCCCCAGGGGGGGCACGAACAGCCAGCGGUCCGUACCUGGCGCAGCAAGCCGACCUCGAGAGGCGGACGGGCAGUCGGGCGGACAUUGCUGAUAGGCGUGAUUGGACAGGUGGCAGCGGGGGGUCGAUGCUCAGUGGUAGAGUAGAUACCCAGGAUCGGUAUAGAGACUCUAGAGACAGGGAACGCGAUAGGGAUAGGGAUCCUAGGGAUAGGGAGGGAAGGUGGGGGUCGAGAGAUGAUAUGCGCUCGAGGGAACGUCCGUUGCAUAGGGAGAGGUUGUCUAGUCCGCCGUAUAGGUGA